AAACGGUACUAGGAACUAACUUUUGACUGUAGUACAACAGGACAGAUGGGUAGCAUGCAGACUGACACGUGCACGCGGACAAAUCUACAAGUGACGGAGGAGGGGCGUGUUUCGCCAACCCCUUCCGUUUUUUUUUUUCUUGGUACAUUCGCCACCCUCUUCAAAUUCUCCAUGUUACCGUGAGAUUUUCAGUCCUUUUUCACUUAAAGCUUUAUACUUUCACAACAGUUAUUGAUAACCGUUCUAGCAAACAGAUAGGUUUUAGUCAAGACGGUUGUGAAAGUAAGGAGAUGGAGGUGGCGGCGAGUUGCUUGAAUGGGAAUUUUGGGGCCAACCACUCCUCCGAUGAGGUUUUGUCAAGAUGGAGGAAGGCUUGCAGCGUUGUCAAGAACAUCAGACGGAGGUUCCGUGUCACCGUCGAUUUCUCCAAGCGUUCCAAAGCAUCAGCUAUGCUCCAAGCCAAUCUGCUGGUUUGAUUUUAGAAUUAUCUCUUGAAAGAUUUCAGAUUUGGUUCAGUCCCUUAAAGGGCUUCAAAUUUUCAUAAAAGUGAUUUCUUUUUCUUCCCUCAAGAUGGCCACUCCUUUAUUGAACUUGUCAAUUUCAUCUGCGUGUAGUCUUUGUCCUUUGGCCUGUUGGGGUGCAAUUUGGGAUCUGUUUUUUGGCCAUACAGUUUUGGGUUACUGGAACCGAAACUGUUGGUUUAAGUCACUUGGAUGUGCUUCAAAUUUUCAUAAAAGUGCUUUCUUCCCUCAAGAUGCCCACUUGUUUAUUGAACUUGUCAAUUUCAUAAACAUGGAUAGAAUAAAACUUUAAUAUCUGAAUUGUUUUGGCUUUAUUUUGGUGUGGAGACUGGGGUGAUCCUCAGGGACAAUGCAUCUACAUGGUAUGAUCAUGGAUUAGGGAGUGAAAAGUUUUAGAGGAAUGCUAAGGACACUCUAUUUAUGGUUAUUGCUGUGUUAGGGUUUCUUUGGGCUAAAGGGAAAGCUCUAUUUAAUCUCUGUGGUCCAGAUGCUGAUUUGAUUUGGAACACACUUAUUUUCAGUUCAUUUGCCUUCUGUCAGCUAACCUUUUUUACUUCCAAUAUAUGUUCAAAGUAACAGUUUGUGAUAUAACUGUUGAGUAAUAUGAAAUCACAGACAGGGUUUUAUAGUUAUAUCUAGAGAAAAUCAGGGAAUGAAAAAUUUUAGAGGAA